CGUGACCGUAAGAUUAUUAUUUUCAAUAUUUAUGUAAAAGAUCUAUAUCAGGAACUUAGAUGGAAAUUUUCUUUUAAAUAGCACCCAAGUAUUAUUACUUUCGUUUAAAGAAAAUUGUGAAAUAAUAAACAGGAGGUUCCUAAAACGCACUGUUUUUAAGAAACUUUAUGAUACAGAAAAUGUUCCUGACAGACAUUUACAACUUCUUCAAAGCUGACGGGGAUGUAUAUGAAACUAAAACGCUUGUCAGACAUCCAGAAGUUACAGUCUUCAUAUCAAUUGCAUAUAUAGUACUAGCCAAAUGUUUGAUACCAUGGAUACUGGAAAAACGGAAACCAAUGGAGAUAAAAAGAACCAUUGUUGUAUAUAAUUUGUUGGUUUGCUUACUGAAUGGCAUUUUGGCUUACAUGGCAAUAGUUCUGACUGCUGAAGUUUGGAACAAUAGAUGUACAGUUAAAAAUGGAGCAAACAAACAGCAAAUACAAAGAGGCUUGCACAUAACGUGGUAUGUUUGGAUGGUGAAGCAUUUGGAAUUGUUGGAUACGGUAUUUUUUGCUCUUCGUAAGAAGAAUAAUCAAAUAACUUUCCUUCAUUUGUUUCAUCACUGUGCAAUGGUUCUCGUAUUUGGGCUUGGUUUAUAUCUGAGAACUAUUGCUUUCUUAUGCUUGUUUGGUACAACAUUAAACGUAUCCAUUCAUGUGGUAAUGUAUUUGUAUUAUGGACUAGCAUCCAUUGGACCACGUAUGCAAAAGUAUUUAUGGUGGAAAAAAUAUUUAACAAUACUCCAAAUAGCGCAUUUCAUUGUCAUCCUAUCAUAUGCCGUAUAUGGAUUUGUAACAGGUUGUGAAAAUUUUGGAAGAACUGAAAUAGCUUGUUUUAUUUCUGUAACAACAAUAUUAGUUUUGUUCAUUAAUUUCUACAAAAAAUCGUAUCAUGUAAAAAAUCCUCAUUUUAAUAAAAAGUAUACUGAUUAUAUGUGAGUCGAACUCAA